UUAUAUUGUUAAUUUAAAUAAUAAUAUUUCAGAAUUAAAUGAUAAAAUAAGAAAAUAUAUAACAAAUUUAAAACAAGAUAUUGUUAUUAAUAUGAAACAAGUUAAAAAUCUUUUAUCUCUUUAUAAAUGUCCAAUUAAAACCUUGAAUCAAAAAGAUGAUCGUUUACUCAUUCAAGCAGUUUUACAACGUCAUAUCAUAGAAAAAAUAUUUGAUUAUGCGAAACAAUAUUUUCAAAGUACUGGAAAACAUUAUCAUCUUGAAGCUGAUAUUAUUAAAAGUGAAUCUUCUUUAUCCUUAUUAUUAACUCACGCUUCUAAAUGUCGUGUUGGGAAUGAUGAAGUGACUCUUACCGCAUCAACAAAAUUACGUCAACAAAUUUAUUCAAUUCUUAAUAAUCGUGGAUUCUCUGAUAUCGUUGGAGAUGCUAUUUAUGAACAUCCUUUCAUCGCUUAUUAUAAAGAACAACUAAAUGAUAUUAUGAAUGAAUUGCGUAUUAUUGAAGAUAUUCAAAAGAAAUCUGCUUCUGAAAAUUUGGCUGCAACUAUCAUUCGUGAUGUCAUAAAGAUAUUUUGGUUUAGAUUAAAAGUUCAGGAACCUGCUGUUCAAUAUCUUUGGAUUCAGAAUAAUACAAAAGUGGAUAAAACUUUUAUGGAAGGAAACAAUUUGGAUGACAAUGGCAAUUUAAAUCUAUUUGUUGAUUUAUGUUAUUUCCCUUUAAUUGGAAGAAAUCUCUCGUCAAAUAAUCGAAAAAUUUAUUUUCCCGCAAAAGUUUAUGUAAAUCCAACAACGAACUAAAAAUGAUACGCUAAGGCGCUAUGAAAAAAUUUGUAGACACGGGUGUUUUUCUGUCACACUCACGUGAACAUCAGCCAAUAAAAUAGUUUUAUCUUUUUCUUACAACGGGUUAUUUACUUUUCGUUUAUUUAUUUGUACUACAAGAAUUAGAAUUAUAUUUUAUGUUGUAUUUUAUAUUUUGAUAAUAAAGUUCAAGU